AUGUAUAAAGGCUUUCUUCUUGGUAGCAAUGGCAUCAGAAACCGCGAUAUCACACUCCCACUCGACUGUCACCCGAUUGCGAGAAAUACUAACGAGAGUAAUCCCAUUCCGGCAAGCAUGCGGUCAAUUGUGUUUCUGGGGCUGGCGGUUCUUGUCUGUGGCAGUGAAAAUUCGCGAUAUCAGUUUCGAGUGCCGCCAAAUAAACGCGGCCUUUCACUGACUUUUCCAUCGCAUGGAUCUUCUUCCUACUCGGCCACCACCUCGGUGAGUUCCGGUUAUAAUCUAGGAGGAUCAUCCGGUGGUUUCUCCCUUGGACAUGCUGGACUGAGCUUAGGCGGUUCCAUCGGUCAUGGAAUCGCAUAUUCUCAACCUUCAACCGGCGGCUUCGGAUCUGGAUAUGUUUCUUCUGGACUAGACCAUAACUCGUUGAGUCUUCAGAGUGCCUCCCUGAACGGACAUUCAGCUCAGAGCACGUACUCCGUGCCCAGCAUAACCAGCAUCGGUUUAGGAAGUGGUGGAGGAAGCAAUCUCAUCUCGUCGAAAACUGGCCCCGUCACUUUUGGAUCCCAGAGCGGCAGUGACGCCGCGAGCAGUUCGUAUUCCGGCUCCGGUUCGUAUUCCUCUGCGCCAGUUUACGCUACCGCAGCUCAAGGGCUCUCGGCUUACAACAACGGGGGAUCCACCGUUCCCGUUGUACUGGGAUCGUCACAUGGCUCCUCAUCAAGCUACAGUCUUCCUCAAUCUAUUUCCUCGAAUUCUUUACACUCCGUGACUGGCGGCUUAAUUAUCGCCAGCGGCUCGCACGAUGGUUCCUCCAGCUACAGCCUCCCAGCAUCUAAACCCUCUUAUGGCAUCUCUGCUCUUAGUAGUUCUUCCGGCUCUCAUGGAGCAUCCCCUACGUAUUCNNUUCCGAUAACCUCUGGACCUCACGAAAUUUCCAGCUCUUCAUCAUCCAGUUAUUCCCCAUCGGUUUCUUCAGGAUCUUAUGGCUCUUCAAGCUCUCACGCCGGAUUUUCAACUUCGGCGUCGGAUAGUUCCAAUUACGAGCCAAUUUCUUCAGGAUCUUACUCGAAUUCCGGAUCGUCCAGUCCCUCGUACGUGAAUUAUGUGCCGUCCCAUUCAUCCGGUAGCAGUUCUAGCUAUUCCAGUCCUAGCGUCAUUUACGGAUCCCCGAGUUCCUCCAGUUCCGGUUAUUCUGAUUCUGGUUCCAGUUAUGCUGCCCAUAGCUCGAGCUACGCGAGUCCUAGUCACAGUUACUCCAACCCCGUUGUGACUUAUGCUAAAGCCUCCAGUUAUACACCCACGUAUCUAAGUCCUUCCGGUUCAUACGGAACAUCCACGGGAUCUCACGGAGCUUAUUCCAGUGUUCAGAGUCCGAGAUACUCAAGACUCGCCGCAAUAAAGUCGUAUGAUAACGCGCAAUUGGAAAGCAAAAAAUACGACACGAUCUCGUACUCGAUUCCUAAUGGAAAAUAA